GUUUUGAUUGGAUAAAUGUAUUGCACGGUUUAUUCACUCAUCGCUCGGACAGAGCAGUCGUCCACAUUCCUGACAGCCCGGCACUAAACCGAAAGCGAAAAUGCACUGGAAAUUCACUGAAAACCACACAGAUGGGUUAGGACAAAAUGUAUACAACCAGUGGUGCUGUUUAACCGAGUCUACUGAUUCCAUUCGUUCAAAUAACUGAUAUGGACGACCAAUAUCGAGCAUGGGACGUGAAUUCGCCGUUUUAAAUGGCGAUGCCGUCCGCUUGUUACAGAGGCUGCCAUCAUCGUUUUCAGUCGUAAGUACUUCACUUUAAUAUACUAUGGCGGUGCCAAAGCAAACGCAUAUAUUCACUGACAGUUAUUUCAAGGAGUUCCUUAACGAAUCCAAAACAUGUACAGACGUUCUCGACUCCCUGGUAAACACAGAGAGACAACGGACAGAAGUGACCCUCAAUCGGCCAGGUCUCGCCCCGGACUACGUCACUCAGAUGGUAGCAGUCCUAGCAAAAGCAGCACGGAGUACGAACAUAGCCGGAGUUAUAGACCUGCUCAGUGUCCUUGUCGGGUCCAAUUUCUUCAUGCAGGAACUUGUUGCGACAUCAUCUGCUUUCGUUAAAAGCACUGAUGAGGAUGAAGCGUUUAGAUUCAUUGAAACCUUAGUGGAAUUACUGAACCAUGUGUCUCUGCGACUACCAAGCUCAUUUACAAACGCAUUUGGUUUGAUAAUCAUUCUACAGAAAAGGACAGAAGAGACGCUCCUGGCUGAGGGAGAACGCAGGAAAUGUGUAGCCAGCUUGUCGGAGAGAUUAGAAGAAAUGCGAGACAAUGUAAUGAAGAGAAUGGUGUCUCAUUCUCACGACAAUCCACGAUUACCAUUUGAGAAGCAAGCACCACCAGACGACUUUCGUAAUAUACCAAUAUUACCUAGAGUUUCUGACAUAUUUUUAGGAUCUCGUGGUGCAUUUAUACGUAAAAACAAGUCACGAGGUGGCUAUGACAGCCUGCACCACUACCUCGAUGUCCAGUUCCGACUUUACAGAGAGGAUUGUAUCAGCCCACUGCGUGAGGGCAUUACUCAGUACGUGCAGGAGGUCAGUGCCGGCCACAACGUCAGACGACUGCAAGACGGACGACUCUACAAAAACGUCUCCGUUGAGUAUGUCGAACACAAUAUUGAAGGACAAAUGUAUAAAGUUAAACUCGAUCGGGGACACGCUCAGAGAAUUAAAUGGAAGUCAAGUCGCAGACUCUUGUAUGGCUCGCUGCUCUGUCUGUCGGCCGAUAGUUUUCACACAAUGGUCUUUGCAAUCGUUGCAGAGUCGGAUAGAGAUAUUCUUGCAAACGAUCACAGUUUCAAAAUCGCAUUUCCAACAGAGGUUGGAGAGAUGAGGUUACCUCUGAAAGCUACCUUCACUAUGGUGGAAUCAACGGCCUACUUUGAGGCAUACAGGCAUGUGUUGGCUGGUCUUCAGAGACUUGAGGAAGGGGAAUUGCCUUUUGAAAAGUACAUAGUCCACUGCAUGAAAGAUGUCGACCUUCCAUUGUAUCUUACUGUUGAAGAUGCUACGUACGACUUGCACCCAAUAGUCUCUGGCAAAGUCAUAUUCAGAAACGGUUUGCGCAGCCAUACACGUUUUCGCGUUAAGUUAAACGGCCCUGUGAGUCAUUGGCCGUCAGCUGAACAGCUUCAGCUCGACAAGUCUCAGUUCGAGGCCUACCAUGCUGCUCUUACUCAAGAAUUUGUCUUGAUACAGGGACCACCGGGGACCGGCAAAACUCAUGUCGGCCUCCAAAUUGCCAAGACGCUUCUUCAUAACAAGAAUGCAUGGCAAGAUAGGUCCUCAAGCCAACGUUAUACAUUCAGAAAAACGCAAUCAAAAACGAAAGAUCAGAUUAUGGUAGUCUGCUACACGAACCAUGCUUUGGAUCAGUUUAUGGAAGGUAUCGUAAAAUUUCUUGACGGUAGCAAUAAGAUGAUGUGGUCUGACGAAAUUGUGCGGGUUGGUGGAAGGUCCGAAAACGAAGCUAUUCAGGAGUUCUCUUUGAAAAAUCGUCGCCAUCAUUACCACCGCUCUCGGUAUGAAAGACAAGAACAGGAGCAAAAACUGGAUCAACUUUACAAUUCAAUUAUCUGUCAGCACCAGAAUAUAUCAUUUUUAGCGUACAUUUGCGCCCACCUAAAUGAUACAGUUCUUGAUGUUGGGUUAUUAGUGCCGGUUAUGCAAAGGAAUCAUCAGCUACACUUUGAAGAGAGGAAUCAACUUUCGCCGAAGAAGCUGUUUAGUUGGCUAGGGGCUGACGAAAAGUCUUGGCUCCUAAGGUCUGAAAAAGCUUACAAAAAGAUAUCCCAGAUGAAAACAGUGUCACCGUCAACAAACACGGAAGUAGCGGUUCAUACGGCCACAAAUGUUGACAACAUCGAGGAAAAUGAAGCAAAGAAAGUAGAAGAUGACAGGAGGAUUGAAGAUGACGAUUUCAGUGUACGGUUUAAGGAGCAGAUCGGUCUUGAUGUCCAAAAGCAACUUAUGGUCGUUCUUGGCAAUAUGCUAUCAACACAACAACUUGAUAAACAGUUUCAAUCAUUAUUACAACAUGAGGCAAACGCAACAUUGGCCAAACUAAAAGCAAUUGACAGGAUGGAUGAGAAUGAAGCCAGUAAUAUUCCGUGUAGUUUGAAGAGGCUUGCGGUAGAGCAGCGCUGGCGACUGUAUCGACAUUGGGUGUAUUUGUAUCAACAAAUGCAGAACGAGCAACUUCCCGAAUUAGAGAAAAGGUAUUACGAAACUAUCGAGUUCUAUCAAAAAGAGAAAAAAGAAGUCGAUGCAGAAAUAUUAAAGGCCUCUACACUGAUUGGUAUGACAACUACUGGGGCAGCAAAAUACCAGGACGUUCUAAAGGAAAUCGGUCCACGGAUCGUUAUAGUAGAGGAGGCUGCUGAAGUAUUAGAAGCCCAUAUUAUCACCGCUCUUAGUCCCCGAUGUGAACACCUCGUCCUGAUAGGAGACCAUAAGCAACUGGAACCGAAACCGUCAGUAAUGCAGUUGGCCCUGAAAUACAACCUGUCCCUGUCCAUGUUUGAACGCAUGUUGAACAACGGCAUAAAAAAUCACUGCCUGCAAAGACAACAUAGGAUGCGACCUGAAAUAUCUAUACUUGUCAGGGAUAUUUACGAUGUUCUGGACGACAACGAAAACGUUUUCGGGUACGAACAUAUUAUGGGUGUGAGGAAAGACGUGUUUUUCAUCAAUCACAACAAGCCUGAGGAUUAUGCAGAAGACAUCAGAAGCUAUUCCAACAUGCAUGAGGCCCAAUUUAUCGCUAAUCUGUGCAAGUAUUUGAUGAAGCAAGGAUAUGAAAGCACUCAAAUCACAGUGCUGGCUGCUUACACUGGUCAAAUGUUUUGUAUCCGUAAUUGUAUGCCGAGACAUGAGUUCGAAGGCGUCAAGACUGUCGCUAUUGACAACUUCCAGGGAGAAGAAAAUGACAUCAUUCUUUUGUCACUUGUCCGCAGCAAUAAAGAUGGAAAGAUCGGAUUUCUCUCCAGGGAAAAUAGGAUAUGUGUUGCUCUAUCCCGCGCUAAGAAAGGACUGUAUGUAAUUGGGAAUUUCAAUAUGUUUGAAUCUAGAAAUUCGCGAUGGGCUGAUGUUGUACAAAAGGUGAAGACGGCAGGACAGUUUGGAAAAGCUCUUCCGCUUUACUGUCAAAACCAUUCACAGACUGAAGGUAUACAAGCGGAAGAUGCUUCAGAUUUUAUGAAAUCACCAGAAGGAGGAUGCGAAUUGAAGUGUGACUUCCGGUUAUGUUGUGGGCACGCGUGCAGGCUUUACUGCCACCCCAUAGACAGAAUGCAUACAACGUACGUCUGCAAGCAACUCUGUGACGAGAUAUGCCAAAAUGAGCACAUUUGCAAAAGGAAGUGCCAUUUUGGCGAAAAUUGUGAGUGUCCAAUUACAAUGAAUAAAAUCCUUCCCUGUGGACAUAGAGCAGACAUGAAAUGUUGCCAACCAGCGCCGACUUUUAAAUGUGAUGUAAGAGUAGACCGGGAGCUUGCAUGUGGACAUUCCGUUCAACUCAAGUGUCAUAUCAACACGAAGACAUACAAGUGUAAGAUCCUUGUAAUGCGAACCCUUGAAGCGUGUUCACAUCAAGCAGAUAUGCAGUGCUGGGAGAAUCCAGACACGCACAAAUGUCGAACUGCGGUAAUACGGACCCUGGAGUCUUGUGAACACGAGGCCGAGGUCCAAUGCUGUUUUGAUAUGCUGUUAUACAAAUGUAAGAUCAAGGUUAACCGCAUUCUACCCUCAUGUGGUCAUGAGAACGACAUGGAGUGUUACAGGGUUACUGCAGAUGUUCGCUGUGAUAAAACUAUUACGAAAAGUCGUGACAGUUGUGAACACAACUAUGACGUUCGUUGCAGUGAUUGGGAACCGCUGUAUGAGCGUCUACAUUCAUGCUUAGAGUCUGUGACAAAAUCAUGGGCAUGUCCUCAUACUAAGGUGAUGAAAUGUCAUGAAUCAAAGCACGCGACCUGCCAGGACAAAUGCUUGAAAAUUUGCGAUCGAGGUCACACGUGCCAAAGGACAUGUCACCAUCCAUCGAGCUGUAAAUGUGAUGUUGUAAUGACUAAGGUUAUUCAGAAAUGUGGACACACUCAGAGGAUUCCCUGUAACAAGGACCCUAACAGUGUUGACUGCCAGACGAUGGUUCUGAAACGCUUGACUACUUGCAGUCAUAAAAUGAUGAUGGAAUGUUCUGCCGAUCCGUCGUCAAACCGGUACAAAGCAUCCUGUGAUACCCUCGUUCCGAAGACAAUCCCUCUCUGUCAGCACACAAGGAUAAUGAAGUGUUCAGAAUCUCCUUCAAUGUACAGAUGUAAGGAAAGCGUCGGUAAACCUCACCCGAGGUGUGAACAUACUAUUCAAGUAGAAUGUUGCACAACUCCCUCUACUUCCACAAAAUGUGAGACAAUUGUCCGUAAGUCAUUACCUUGNGCAUAUGGGAGGGAAGUGAAAAAGUUCAAAGAAAUAUCAUGA